GAAGAAAUCAGAACACAAACAACACUCUCCAUUUGUUGCUCUUACAAUGGCCACAGCAGUCACUGUUGAGUUCCUUGAAUUCCCUGCGUUUGUAACACCUCCUUCCUCGACCAAACCCUAUUUCCUCGGUGGAGCAGGAGUUAGAGGGUUGAAUAUUGAAGGAGAGUUUGUGAAGUUCACGGGAAUUGGGGUUUAUUUGGAAGAGAAAGCUGUUGCAUGGCUCGGUUCUAAAUGGAAGGGCAAAAGUGCAGCUGAAUUGGAGUCCCUUGAGUUCUAUAGAGAUAUCAUCAAAGGUCCCUUUGAAAAAUUCAUUCGAGGGUCAAAGGUAAGAACAUUGGAUGGACCUGAAUAUGUUAGGAAAGUAUCUGAGAACUGUGUGAACUUUAUGAAAUCCAAUGGAAGUUACGGUGAAGCAGAAGAAAAAGCUAUCGAGGAAUUCAGAUAUGCAUUCAAGGAUCAACAUUUCCCACCAGGUUCAACUGUUUUCUAUAGGCAAUCACCCACUGGAACAUUGGGGCUUAGUUUCUCAAAAGAUGAGACGAUUCCAGAAAAUGAGUAUGCAGUGAUAGAGAACAAAGCACUUUCAGAGGCAGUGCUGGAGACUAUGAUUGGAGAGAUUCCUGUUUCUCCUGCUUUGAAACAGAGUUUGACUACAAGAUUUUAUGAGUUUCUGAAAGAGGACAAUUCCAAGACUGAGUGAAAACUGAGAAAUGCAUGAGAUAUACAAUGUUGUCUCCUCAGCCAUUGGUGGUACACUUCCCGUGUUACUCUUAAUCUAAAUAAAUGUAUUCAUAAUCUGAAUAAUGUAAACCAGACAUUCGUAAUCCUUUUUUUUUA